AUGACCGCAGAUAACUUUCACCCUAAAAAUAUAGCUGUGGCUGCUGUUUUAGUCCUCGGAGGUAUUUAUACAAUCGACCGUAUCGCACAUCAACCUGUAGACUUAACGGCCGCCACAGUCGAAUUUAAUAUUGCAGUAGAUGGGCCAGCUGAAUAUGAAGCUCAUAGUUCGCGUUGUCUAGAUGUUGAUUUGACAGAGUUGCCAGAGUGUGGUUUUCUACAUGGCAAUGAGAGCAUGCAUUUCUGCAAAGAUGUCGAGAAACGACACGAUAGUUUAGUAGUGGACGGAUGUGAUUGGAGGAAAUUCACACGCAAGGGUGCACUUCAAAUCUUGUCAGGUAAACAUCUAAUUAUGGUCGGUGAUUCGAGAGUCCGUUAUCAGUACCUCUCUAUGGCUUUUUGGUUAGAAAAUGGUUACUGGCCUCCUGAUACGUACGGAGAAGGCGACAUCAAAAGUCCCGCAAAAGAAGGCCUAUGGCGUGAUAUUGGCGGUUGGAAGCAAUUUUUCAGUGACACAAAUAGUUAUCUAAAUGGCGAGGAGGAAUGUGACUGCUUUCGCGAGGACAAAUGGCCAAUUGAGAACAUCAUUUUCGAGAAUCGGUACCUACACAUGGAGAAGUACAACGUUAAAGUCACCUACUUAAUGCAUUAUAAACGCAAUAAUUGGCCGAAUACGAGCGACAUUUGGGGCCACCAUGGGUUUGGUCCACUCGCUUGUGAUGACAUAGAACAAUGCGCUCUUGGAAAGUGUGAUGCGCCUGUUGACUGGCACUAUACGUAUGAGGAGGCUAUGAACGGCUUCUUCCAGAAGUUGGGUGCAACGGAUGUAUUCCUGUCCUUUGGUUGGGAACCUGAGCUGAUCACAUCUUUAACACAGACUGAUUCUUGGCGGGAUGCCGUGGGCAAGGCCACAGACGACGGUAUCAAUGUAUACUUAAUGAACGCACACUCCAACAAGGGCGGCCUUAAGGAGAUAUGGGCAUCAAUGAGUGAUGAAUUGUAUGCCGAAACACAGAAGAUGAAUCACGAUAACCCAAUUCGCGGCCAGAUCAACUUGGAUUACCUAAAAUUGACCAAAAACUACGCAGAUAUUGAGGGCUGGAAACCUUUCUGGGACAAGGUACAUUACGAUGCGUGGACACUCGAGGAUCAUACGCAAUAUUUUCUCCAUAAUAUGGAGCAGGUGCAUAAGCAGAGACGAUAAGACGCUCUCUCCGUCACCCUUCAGCAGUCAUAAUGGCAUACGCAGCCUAUAGAUACUUGUGUAACAAUAAAUUAAGAUUGAA